GCGCCGCUACUACCACAUCUAUUAAAGCCCUUCUUUCUUUCUUCCUCGGUAAAUGUGCUGUAAACUAGGUGAGGCCCUCCUUCCUUCCCUUCCCUUCCUCCACCACCUCCCCUCCUUGCAGCAGACAGAGCUUUAAGUUUAAAACCAGCGGGGCAGAAGCUUAAAAAACAGUCGUCACAUUCAGCAUCUGCUCGGUCAUAACGCGCACAGCCGGUUUUUUACCGCAGUGCAUCUGCAGCAUCCUCUGAUCGGAGCGACAGGGGUGCUGCUGUGGCGCAGGGAAGGAAAAAGGAAAAAAAACACCAUUAACUGGAACAGGACGCAUUUAUUAUAUCUUAUUUUAUUUAUUGUGUGAGGGAUUUAUUUUUUUUUUUUUUAUGUGUCGCUCAGUUUGAUCUGCAAUGCCAACGAGACUGAAGCAUCUCUUCCACGAGCACGGGGCUAUUAGAUAGGUGAAAUUACAAGUAACCUGUUUCUACAUUCAGCUGCCAUCGCAGGAGAGGAUUUUAUAUGGUGAUUUUUUUCCUGUGUGUCCGGAGAGACGACUCGAGGAGAGGAGGCCUCCAAUUCAGGACCGUAUGCUCUGAUUUCAGUGAUCCGAUUAUGGAUAACUAUCUUUAGACCAUUAGACUGGUCUGCAUUAAAUAUUGGUAGCGUGUAGCCUGUUAAGAGGUAGCCAUUUGAUUUCUCAUCAUUGAACAUGCAAAAUUAAUGAUAUAUGCACUGGCGUGUUAAUCUAAUGUAAACAUUAUAACCUGUGUGUACCCAGUGCUGUCUGUAAUUUGCCAACAGAAAUAUAUAUAUAGCUAUAUAUAUAUAAAUAGAAAAAGCAGAGCAUGUGGCCACAGGCAGGUCUAAUGAUUGCUCUGUGCAUCUCACAUUAGGACCUCAGGGAAAAAGACAAUCAAAUCUCAGGGUGUUUAUCUGGGGAAUACUGUGAGUCACCAGAUAUCUGGAUUGCUUCAUAUGCUACUUGAUAAUUAAAAGCAGAAAAUCCCACCACUUUGAAUAGAGAUAAUUUAGAAGAGGGGGGAGGGCUGUCUAUAAAAGCAGCAAUAAUUUGUGGCAAUAAAAUUCUGCAACCAACAGCAGACUGUUGCUGGCUUGAGCCAAAGACACUAACAGUUUGCUCCAUAGGACUGUUAGUGCAUCACAAACAGACUUAGAGUGUGUGUAGGCUUUCGAGGCAGAUGCACUUUCCAACGCAUGUUUAGCUGCAUGCUUCCUGACACACACGUAUGAUAUUAGCCUGCACUUCACUGACGCACAGAUUUACACGUAAGCCCACGUAGGUCCUGCAAGCAUCCGUUCAGUUACUACAAACUUGGAGGUGCUCAGUUUAUGAGUGUCAUCCUUUCGAGCUCCAUACUUGGAGCGUUGGUGUCAAAGUUUGUGCUUCUCGAGGCCUCUCGUCAAAUAAAACAGCUGCUCUAAUAUCCGGUGACAUGUCGACAUCACACCUACUGAUCCUUUCUCUUCUCUGCAGCCUGUUUGGGUACGAGUGUCAUGGGGCCUGUGCAGAGGUGGACUCUGACACCGAGGCGGUGGCCGGCCGGGGCUUCAAAUUGGGUUGCAUCUCCUGCAAGAGGAGGAGUGAGGUAGAUGGUCGUGCCUCCAUCCAGUGGUACUUCAGGCCCAAAGGAGAGGCCGAUUUUUUUCAUAUCUACACCUACAACGAGGAUGGCCCCACCAUUGAACACGACCAGUUUUUGGACCGCUUGGACUGGAACGGCAGUAAGAGGAGCAACGACAUCCAAGAUGGGUCCAUUUACCUGCUCAACGUCACCUUCAACGACACGGGCACCUACAGCUGCUUCUUCAACCGCAUCCUCUUCUACGCUAACUACGAGUACAACACUGUUGUCACCAAGGUGGUCCACCUCAGUGUGGUGGCUAAAGCCACCAGAGGAACAGCUUCCAUCGUGUCCGAGGUCAUGAUGUACGUGUCCAUCAUCGGCCUUCAGGUCUGGCUCCUCAUAGAGAUGAUUUACUGCUACAGGAAAAUAUCAGCAGCCGGGGAAGAAGCAUUAAGAGAAGCAGCAAAUGCUGAAUAUUUAGCGAUAGCUUCGGAAAGUAAAGAUAACUGUGCGGGAGUGCAGGUCGGAGAAUAGCACAGGCUUCUUCCGUGGACUAAAAACAUCCUUCCACCCUCUGACCUGCAUGUAGACAACUUAGGAGAAAAGCUCCUUUUCAUCUCAAGUCUCUAUUUUACCUUUUCCUUGACAAAGACCACAAAUGGAUAUGACUUACAAAGACAGCAUGGUACCAGCACUGUAUAUAGUAUUCUGUGCGCAACAGCAUGUCCUGCACUUACAUGAGAAAAACAUUAUGCAUUAAUGAGCCACAUUGUCAAAAGCAUAUACUGUACAUACAGUAUUUCUCUAAGUAUAUGUAGUCACACGUUUCUAUAAAAUGUUAAGUGGUACUAUGAUGGCCUGUUAAGACUGCAAGAGGCUGAUUGAGAAAGAAAGCUUUUUACUACAUCAUCGCCACCUAAUGUAUAAAUCAUGAGACACACAACACGUAUGGUAUGGUACAGUUAUUUAUAAAAUAAAAUGUAAUGGACUAUGAUAGACUGUCUUUCCAGUUGCUAGUUGUACAGUACAUUCAAUGAAAUCUAAAGAUGUACUAAUAAAAAACUGAAAAAAAGUA